UGAUAGUAGUAUGAGACGCAUGUUCCUUACUACCGCAGGCGACAAUUUCUUCCACGUGGCUGCUAACAAACUCAAAUUCCCCUCGGCUUCGGACCACGAUGCUUCUUACCGUGCUGUUACUUGCCCUUCCUCUGCUGGUCCUCAUACUUGGAUUGCUUUUCAACCACAAUAACUGGGAUCCUAAAGGGAAGCAUUGUUAUGUGACCGGCGGAUCGCAAGGCCUAGGGCUUGCAGUCGCCCUUCUUCUGGUCAAGCUCGGUGCGGAUGUGUCUAUCGUUGCUCGUAAUGAACAAAAACUACGUAAUGCGCUUGUGGAAAUGGAGAAAGCACGGAAAUUACCCAGUCAAAUUCUCAGGUGGUAUUCCUACGAUCUCACGCAAUGUAAAUCAGCGGAAGCUGCGUUAGAAGCCGCAUCCAAAGGACACGACGGUCGUUGCCCAGAUGCUCUCUUCUUAUGUGCUGGGACGUCAAUACCAAGAUUUUUUGUGGAGGAAGAUGAAGCUUCAAUGAAAAGAGGAAUGGAUACUGUGUAUUGGAUACAAGCAUGGUCAGCUUUGGCCGGUACAAAGCGAAUGGUACGAGACAAUAAGAAUGGAAAGAUUGUUCUUGUCUCUUCUUUCCUCGGUUUUAUGUCCAUGAUUGGCUACUCUUCGUAUGCCCCUGCAAAACACGCGUUACGAGGUCUAGCAGAAACCCUUCGUUCGGAAAUGCUUCUCUACGGAAUCUCUGUCCACAUAUUCUUCCCCGGAACAAUUUAUAGCCCAGGCUACGAAGCGGAAAAUAAAUGCAAACCCGAGAUCACUCUUAAAAUCGAAGAAACCGACGGUGGUCAGACUCCCGAAAAGGCCGCCGAGGGUUUAUUAAAAGGUAUCCAACGCGGUCAUUUCCAUAUAUCGACGGGCUUGUUAGGGAACAUCUUCCGCUCUUCGACUAGGGGCGCGACCCCCCGGAAUCAUGUAUUCCUAGACAAUAUCUAUAGCUUCAUUGGAUGGGUGGGAUUUCCUAUUUGGCGACGGUCUGUGGAUUCUACCAUCAAAGGACACCGACAAGAGCAUCGUACGUAUCUGGCUGAGAAAGGUUUUCUUUCAUAGCGAGACGUAUGAGUUUAUGGGCCAUUAAUGCCCGAUAAUAUCAUUAUCUGACAUUUAUGCCCACCGUUUUG